AUGAUAAAGAAUCCUAAAAGUGAAGGCGAUUUUAGGCUUUAAUAGUACUCAGCCUCUAAUAGCUGCACUACAAUCCCUGACAGGAUUAAUUAAACCAAUAUUCAAGAAUCCAUUCCUGAGGAAAGUUAUCCGCAGGCCUAGCAAUAGGAAAUCACCUAUACUUUUUAUAAUGUUAGACAGAUACUUUAGAAAGAACAUGGCUUAAAUAUUGAAUUACCUUAUUAAUAAUUAUUUACAUAAUAGGAAUUUGAUCUAUUGUUGGAGAAAUAUAAACCUGACUAGCCAAUUGAAAAAUUCGAUGAAGGCAAUGGAAAUAAAGAGUAGAAAUUAGUGGAUUUGUUUAUGGACAGAUUAAAAAAAAAGUUUUAUUUUGAUGCUUCGGAUAUUGUCAAUAUUGAAUUCUCCGAUGAUGAUCCCAUGAAGAUCUACAUUGAUAUCUUCAAAUAUUUAAUGAAAUAAAAAGAUAAGCAGUAUAAUAGAAGCAGCAUCAAUAGUGAUAAUCGUAUACAAUUUGAAUCGAAGGAACAACCUAAAGAAUAAAGUGAUAGUUGUUAGAUGUGGCAUCGAAAAGUUUACUACAAUAAAUAUAGAAAAAACCAAUUGAAACUAAAUGGAUUUAAUACAGUCUAUGAUUAUCAUGAGAAAUUAGUAGAACCUCUAAUUAUAAACUAAUAAAGGUCUACAAAUUACAUAAGAAAUGUGGCUUUUUUGGUUUGUACUUUUUAAUUCACAAAAAUAACUGACUUUGCUAAGUUAGAUUAAGAUAUUAUACCGAUAUUGAAAGUUGCUAUUAAUAUUUAAUCUGAUAUUAGUAAAGAUCGAUCUGAUUGCAAGAACUUCUACUCAAGUGAUAACAAUUUAAGCUAAAUAAAUAUGAUCAGUUCCUAAAACUAUGAAAAAAUCAAUAGAUCCAAUAAUUUUGCCAAGAGUGGAACAAGUUAAAUUUCAAAUAUCUUAGAAACACCUUUGAGAUAAGCAUAUUAUAAAUAAAACUUCUAACAAAUUUAACAAAUGUGCAAGGAUAUUAAACACACUGAUCCACAUAUGUAACUAAUUUUAAACUUUUUUGGAAUGGAUGAUAAACAAUUUCAGGAAUACUUACUAAAAGAUGAUAAUCGACUUCAUUUUGAGGAUAGAAUGAUUCUGACUUUAUUAUAUUGUGAUGAUAAGCAAUUGAAUGAAUUUUCCUUAAAGAAAAAACCACUCGAUUAAAUUAUCAAUUAUGGGGCCCUAGAUAAAAGAUCAGUUGAUUGUCUACGAUUUUAUUUAGAAGAAACAAGAGAUAUUUAAUUAGUUGGUGUAUUGUCAGCUCACCUAUAUCUACUUGAGAAUAAAGAUAAUUAAUUGUUGACUUGGUUUUAAGAAUAUCGCAAUUUCUUGAAUUCUAAACAACUUUACAAAGAAAGAAUGAUAAUAGAAAAUCAAAUUAAGGAUUUCUAAAAUAAGAAUCCACCACUCUUUAUUGAAGAUUUGCUAUUAAGCAAAUAAUAACAGAUAAUUUAAUAUUGCCAAUGCAAUUCUAUAGCCAAUCCUGAAUGUCUAUCUUGUUUAACAUUAUAUCCAAAAUGCUCAAUCUGUUACAAUCCAAUCUAAAAUUAAUUAUACGUUGUUUGUUUGAUAUGCAGACAUGGAGGACAUGAGAAACACAUUUAGGAGUGGUUCAACAUUUAUGAUUAAUGUCCCUACAAAAAAUGUUAAUGUUAUUGCAAAUAUGAAUGA